AUGUCCUCUCAACUUGAAGCUUCCAAGAGUAACCAGGCCGCUCCCACCAACAAGCCUGUCAUGCAAGAGCAUAAGGUCGCUGUUGUGGAGCAAAUCCACCCAGAUAAGCCAGACCACCAAGACUGCCCAGAAUUCCAGGCAGCCCGUAAGCACGAAGCCUUCUUACAACAUAUUCACGCCUCGCCAGCAUGGAUGGCUGAAAUGUAUUUCAGCAAGAUGUCUGAUCAAACACGGCAAGAUUUCGACGAAACUACCGACAAGACUAAACGAUACUGGGCGCAACAUCCCGACCUUUUCUUGCUCCAUUUUGGUAACUCUGGAUCAAGCUCUGAGGCAUCCAGUGAGAAUCAGUCAACGCUGCCGACGCAGGUUUCGUCUGAUCUUGCUGAAGAUGAUGGGCACGGUGGUUACAAGACAUUCAUCUACGCACCAACGCCGCGCCGCGAACAGCGGAUCGCCGCCGACUUCGAGGACAUGGUCGAACGGGCUGACUACGACCCAAUUUCUUCUGCUGCCCACGAAGCUGACCACGGUGCGUCCGACAGGUCGUUGGGGCAGCCUGGCAACUACCAUGCGUACCAGAGCCAGUGGCAACAACGUCUAUACGCACUGUGGGGACGACAUCAGAACUACACGCGGCCGAGCUUCGUUCAUUGGUAUCCCGAGGAGUUUACGCAGCGGUGGCAGGGUCGACAACUACCUCCGUAUCAGCAAGGUCGGCCUCAACCACCACCAGGGUACUCGCAAUACCAUGCUGCCCAGUCGAUGUAUAUGCCUGGGUAUCAUGCUCAGUACCAGCAGCAGUAUGUGCCAUGGCAACCAGGAUUUGGUUACUACCGUCAGUCUCAAUGGCCACAUCAUGGGGGACAUCAACGCCCGCAAUUCAACAGUUAUGCGGAUGAGAUGACAUGGAGGGGCUUCGCACGCUGA